AUAACUGGGGACUUCUUAUGUAAUUUACUUCUAAAAAAUACGGAGUAACAAUGAUUGUCAUUCAUAAUAUUCAUAAUGUCAAACUUGGUGUUAUUGGGAGCUGGUAAUUUUAGUCAACAAAAAACAGCUUCCUCAUCUGCUGUGUCGGCAUGUUUCAUUCUACCAUCACCAAUCAACCAUUCGGACACACGAACUUUUUACCUACCAGAAAAUCCAGAGAGAGAGAAAUUGAGCUGAACGAUUCACGAAUUUCUCCGCGCAAGUAGAAAAUAGUCAAAAUACCCAUUUGCCAGAAGGGAUUUUUGAUGAAGAAAGGAGCUUUUGCCUCAACUCUCAAGCUCUCCCUUCCUCCCGAUGAAGUCAAUCUCUCCAAGUUCCUGACUCAGUCUGGAACCUUCAAGGAUGGAGAUCUUCUGGUGAACAAAGACGGGCUUCGAAUCGUCUCCGAGGGUCAAGUUGAAACUUCUUCAGUUAUACACCCGGCAGAAGAUAAUCAGCUAAGCUUAGCGGACUUUGAGUCUAUCAAAGUUAUUGGAAAGGGAAAUGGUGGGGUUGUGCGGCUCGUUCAACACAAGUGGACUGGUCAAUUUUUUGCUCUCAAGGUCAUUCAAAUGAACAUAGACGAGUCUGUUCGCAGGCUUAUUGUAAAGGAACUGAGAAUUAAUCAGUCUUCACAGUGCCCUUAUGUUGUUGUAUGCCACCAAUCCUUUUUUGAGAAUGGCGCUAUCUCCAUUAUCCUCGAGUACAUGGAUGGUGGAUCUCUUGCAGAUUUCUUGAAAUUAGUCAAAAGUAUCCCUGAACUGUAUCUUGCUGCUAUCUGCAAGCAGGUGCUCAAGGGAUUGUGGUAUCUUCAUAAUGAAAAACAUAUCAUUCACCGGGACUUGAAGCCUUCAAAUUUGCUUACAAAUCACAGAGGUGAUGUUAAGAUAACCGAUUUUGGUGUGAGUGCAGUACUAGCAAACACAUCCGGAGCCGCUAAUACCUUUGUCGGCACAUACAAUUAUAUGUCUCCAGAGAGGAUUGUCGGAAGCAGCCACGGGUAUAGCAGCGACAUAUGGAGCCUGGGAUUGGUUUUACUUGAGUGUGCAACUGGCGAUUUCCCAUAUUGCCCUCCCCAACCGGGAGAGGGAUGGACUAUUUAUGAACUUAUGUCAACGAUAGUUGAUCAACCCGAGCCUCGUGCAUCUCCUGACCAAUUCUCUCCAGAGUUCUGUUCUUUUAUCUCCUCAUGUGUGCAGAAGGAUCCGAAGAAAAGACUCUCUGCGAACGAAUUAAUGAGGCACCCAUUCAUCCACAAGCACGACGAUCUCGACAUCGAUCUCUCCUCUUACUUCUCAGCCGUUGGAUCUCGGCUCACUUCACUUUGAAAUCCAAUAAUGAACCUUGGAAUGAGAUGUGGCUUUAUGGAGAAGACAGGAAAAAACAAUGGAGUGGGUAUAAUUCUUGUGGGCAGCAUUGUAUUGUUUGCUUGGUAUAAAGUUAUGACAAUCUUUGUGCCAAUAUAAUUGUCAACAAAAAACUGUAGAAAAUACUAAUAAAUUUGUUUUUUCCUCAGCUAUAUGAUUUCAUGUUUCUUAAUGACACUAAGUUGUGUUCAUGUAUAGUUUCACUUUUU